GCAAAGGCAGUUCACGUCUCACUCCGGCCGAGUUCGUACGUAUCGGCUGAGACGACGCGGCAUCGGCGCCGCGGCCACCACACGACGUUUUAAUAUCAUAAACAGUGAACCAAUCCUUACACAGCAACAGGACUAUGAUACGUAUUACGAAUACUAAUUAGGACCUGCACAGAACAAUAGUUGUGACACAAAAUCUAAACAAAACAAUAGAAUCGAGAUUCCGGUCAGUGCCGACGGAAGUGAAGUAUUAGAAGCUGGAGAAAAUUUGGAAACAAAAAUUUGCAAGUGAUUAUUCAAUAGUGCAUCGUAUUGUUCGAGAUCCACGACCUUGUAAUGUUAAUCGCCCAUAAAAUUACGAUUGGUCAUAGUUUAUUACAUAGCGCAGGUGAAUCGGAUAGUGGCAAUGAUCCAAAUGACGAUAAUCAAGACGAUAUAAAACUUUUGAGUGAUGUAAACGUUGGAAAUGAAACAACUUUUCCGUUUGGAUGUGAUGGCACUUCUGUUCAAGAAACUCAAACAAAUCAACUGAGUUACAUGGGAAAGUAAUUGUCUUUUUUUAAACUUGGAAUUGGUAAUGACAAUGUUGGCAGUGAAGAAUUUCUUUAUGCCAGAGAAGAGGGUGGAUUCCCCGAGGUUCUCUCGAAUGCCGGAGGCUUUAAUGAGAUCGAUUCGGAGGAGGUCCCUGAGGGUGAAGAGGACGAAAUCGCUUGUACUCGUCAACGAGAAACGGAAGUCCGAUUCAUUCGUAAACAGUCAAGAAUGGACGGCGGCGAGAGGAGUGACAGAGCUCAGGGUCGGUGUGCUGGGAUCUCCAGACAGUGGGAAAUCUGCUUUAGUACACCGGUAUUUGACUGGAGCUUAUAUGCAGGAGGAGAGUCCAGAAGGUGGUCGCUUCAAAAAAGAAGUAAUCAUCGACGGACACAGCUAUCUUCUGCUUAUCCGAGACGAGGGCGGGCCCCCAGAGAUGCAGUUCACCGCCUGGGUCGAUGCCGUAAUCUUCGUGUUCAGUCUUGACAACGAAAUCAGCUACAAUACUGUUUCAAAUUACUUCAAUAAAAUGUCCCAUUAUAGGAAUUCAGCGGAAAUUCCAAUCAUAUUGGUUGGCACUCAAGAUGCCAUAAGUGAAAGUAGUCCACGCGUUGUGGACGAUAACCGCGCUCGCAAGUUGUCUAACGAACUGCGAAGAUGUUCCUACUAUGAGACAUGUGCUACGUACGGCUUGAACGUGGAGCGGGUUUUUCAAGAUGCAUGCCAGAAAAUCGUCGGCACACGGUUGUCGGCGUCGUCGCAGUGUUUAUCUGGCUCUAGGCCGGUAACUCCACAGCCCCUAGCUAACUCUCCAAGCCACAACCAUUCUUCAUUUCUUUAUAAGGAUUCGCUGCCUCGUGGUCACCACACGCUUUCAGCGUCAUCCCAUCACCUUCACCGCGGAGCACAAUCCUUCGAUGCCUCAUCAAACAGCAGUGGCAUCUCAUCCACCCACGUCGUCGAGAUCCACAGCACAAACGGAUCAGAUACCUCAUCCCGAUGGGGAAACUCGCUCGGGAGCCACGGGUCCUCAUCGGGCCUGGUUUCCAUUGCGACGGAGAAUAAUAACGUCAAGUUCACAGCUCCACACUGUCUGGACAAUCUCCAGCCCAUCAAGGAUCCCAAAGAUCUGCCCACACCAUCCUCUACGCCGACAACAUCGAGGAAAUCCAGGAGAAGAUCGAAUCUCUUCACGCCCUCGAAAAAGGGUGAUGACAGAUUGAAGAACGGCGAGCUCGGUUCUGGCCGCGCUAUUCCACUAAAACAGGGAUAUUUGUAUAAGAAGAGUAGUAAAGCUUUAAACAAGGAGUGGAAAAAGAAGUACGUCACUCUUUGCGAUGACGGCAGGCUGACGUACCAUCCAAGUUUGCAUGAUUACAUGGAAGAUGUGAAUGGUAAGGAGAUAUCAUUGCAGUAUGUGACAGUGAAGGUACCAGGACAGAAGCCCAGAGGGUCUAAAUCUAUCAUCACAACCGUCCCAGGCUACAAUGGUUACAGUAGUCUGGACAUCCAUGACAGCAUUGGAGGGUUGUCACUCGGGUACAAAGAUAAACCGACUCGGGUGACCGACAAAGCGCUGAUGUCGGCGUUCGAUGCGAUGAAGGAGCCUGCCUCUGGUCGACAGUCGCUCGCUUCGGAGGUCGAGGUGGGCUCCACCAACGGCGCGGACAAGGAUACGCCCCACGUCAAAAAGAGGCAUCGGAGGAUGAAGAGUAGCAGUGUUAAGAAGGACGGGGAUGAAGAUGGCGAUGCCGCGACGUCGUGCGAAUUCACAAUAGUGAGCCUGGACGGCAAGCGGUGGCGGUGGGAGGUGGGUGUAGGCGCGGGGGCUGGCGGCGCGGGUGCAGGGGCGGGGGGUGGCGCGGGGGGCGGCGCGGGCGGCGCGGGGGGCGCGGCCGCCGCCGAGCGCGACGCCUGGGUCGCCGCCGUCGAGGCGCAGAUACUCGCCUCGCUGCAGGGACGGACGUCCCGGCAUCCGGUGCCGACGGGCGCGAACUCGACGGGCGAGGUACGCGCCACGCAGUACGUGCGGCGCGUGAACGGAAACCAUGCUUGCUGUGACUGCGGCGCGCCAGAUCCAGACUGGGCGAGUUUGAACCUGGGAGUGCUGAUCUGCAUCGAGUGCUCUGGUAUACAUAGGAAUCUUGGAUCCCACAUAUCACGCGUACGCUCUCUCGACUUAGACGAGUGGCCGUUGAGCCAUGUUAGUGUAAUGGUGUCAAUGGGCAACACUCUCGCUAAUUCAAUAUGGGAGGCGGACUUAAGGGGCCAUAUUAAGCCAAUUGCGACGUCGAGCAGGGAAGAGAAAGAACGAUGGAUCCGGUUGAAGUACGAGCGGCGCGCGUUCCUGGCGGCGGGCGGCGCGGCGGGCGGUGGCGGCGAGGCGCUGCGCGCGGCGGCGGCGCGCGGCGCGGUGUGCGUGGCGGCGCGCGCGCUGGCGGCGCCGGGCGCGCGCGCGCCGCCGCCCGCCGAGCGCGCCGCCGCGCUGCGCGCCGCCGCCGCCGCCGGGCACCUCGCCGCCGCGCAGCUGCUCAUAUGGCAUAACGGCAACCCGAACUUCCCAGACGCGGACGGUCACACGUGCGUGUUCUACGCGCGAGCGGCCGCCAACCAUCUCUCAGGCAUCCCCACACAGUACCCCAAGAACCUCCAACUCACCUGCCCCCUGCACCCCAACCCCCCGGCGACCUCCACGAACAGUUCCAGCACCAGUUCCACGACCUCCACGUCGAGUAACAAAAGCUCUAUAAAGAAUCCGGAACCGGAAUGUAACUGUAUCAUAUUCGAGUUACUAAACGCUCAGAGUGCUUCGAACGCGCUAGUGGAGUUGCUUAUAGGACUGCAAAAUAACCAGUACAUGAACGGGUACGACGGCUUGAACGGCAGUGGUAUAACAAGUUCGUUCAGCCACGUGACGUUGGGCCGGCCGUCGCUGGGUCCUAAUCUAUCGCUCACGAACGGUAAGUGCGGCAGUAUUGUUUAAACUAAUUGUUUAAACAAACUGUUUGGAAUUUGUGAUCGAUUCUCUAAGAGAUUGCAGCUAUAUAGUUGGGUGCAUCGAAUUUUGAAACUUAACUUGAAGGUAAUAGAGUCUCUAGUGCUAAGCGGUCAGUAUCGUCAUUUCUUUUUAAAUCUAUCACGAACUUUGUUCUUCAAGUCAUUAUAAACCUUAAUUUACAGAUUUAGAAUUUAUAUUUUAAUGUUUUUCUACUUAUCGUAGCAUUACCUUUUUUUUUUUAAUGUAGAUCCUAAAUAAGUGGAAUAUUUGAUUGGAAUGUUUUGGCCUGACGUUUUUAAUCCUACGAUUUCCAAUACUUUAUCACUUAAUAUUACGUACGUAAUGUAUUUGUAAUGAUAACUGACUGAAAUGUUAGGAGAGAAUUAAUGUUAUGUAGUUACCAAAUUACUUAAAUACACAGCGUUUUUGUGCCCACCAUAGGUCAUGGGGACUUUACAUUAUCGAAUAGUCAUAGAUUGUGAGCAGCUCUGCUCAAUUUGUUGAUUACUUCUGCGAAGCUGCUAAGAGAUUGUAAAUAAAAAUAUGCGACUGACUGUCCAGUGCGCACUACAUCUGGAAUGUAAUUCAAGUAAUUCUAAAAAAAAUCAACGGUCAAUUUCAUUAGUGAAAUUUAGAAAGAAAUAUUUCGCAAAACCCGCGUUAUAGUUCAAAUAUUUGGAGAAAGUUAUUUAUUAAUUUAAUUUAGUUUUAAAAGUUACGGUUUAGGCGAAUGUUAGACGAGCAAGCGGGUUAUUGUAAGUAUAGUUAACCGCCCUGAUUUUAUUCUGGAUUGGACAAAGUGCUGUAUUACAGUAUAAAGUGGUUUAUGUAAAUAGUUAUGCAACUACAAGUACAGACAGCAAAAAAAUUCUUUCACCAAUCUCUGUGUUUAUUCAUAACUGUGAGUUUUUAUUAUGGAAAAAAACAUUUUUACAUGUAUAUUUUUGUAUAUAUAUCAAAUUUGCGAAUUUAAAUUCACAAAGCCCGAAAAAUAUGUCGUCGAUAUUACGAUAGCUCAUGGAAAAUGUAUACGUUAAUUAGACAAUUUGAUGGGCAGAAAACUAGUCUAACACGGAAGAACAAUCCGGAAUUUACCGGAAAACAUGUCGGUAUGUAUUUGUAUAAUGUAUAAUAAUGAUAAGGAACUAAAUAAAUGAAAUAUGAAUUUGCUAAAACUCCCGAUUGAGUUCCAACAUUUCCGAAUAACAGUAAAAUAGAUUUAGGUAUUUAUAAAUUAUAAAAUAGUUGCAGGAUCUCAGCUCAACGCUACUUAGGGUAAAUUAGGGUAAUUUAUAUUGAUAUUGUUGCUUACCCUUCAUCCCUUGGGUGUAUUUGUGUACUUUGUUACUUGUGUAUUUGAGUACAAUAUUUCUUCUACGUAGAUAGGAACUUAUUUCUGCGUUAUAAGACGUAAACAAUACGUAAAUACAAUGUAGAAGUUGAUGUAAUUUUUGCUGCAAGAAUUUUCUUUCCAAGUCUGCGUUUUAUGUUAAUUUUGUAAUAGAGCAUUGGAAUUUAGUCAGGUGUUCGAUUUUGCACUUUAAUGUAAUGUCAAAGAGUUUAUAAUUACUUGCUAGCAUGUUUUUAUACUGGUUCUUAUUAAAAGAAAUAGCAGUCUUUUCUAGGAGACUUGAAAAGUAGAAAAGAAUGCUUUGACAUAUUUUGCUACUAGUAGAAAAAAAUGGUAGUGAAACUAUUACAAUGUAUUGUAUUACUUGUAGUAAUUGUUUCAUUUUAAACAGUUAAUAUAAUUAUAUAAAUUGGAAAGAGUUGUAGCAGAGCCAUCUAGUGGAAAUUACGGCAAGUUAGUUACGAAUAAAUUAAAAUACAUUCCAUUAAGAUAAAUGUUUGCCCAAGGGUCAAUAUAAAAUAGUUGAUGUGAUAUACCUAAGGUUUUCCCGUAAUAAGCCAAAUGUACUGAACCCUCCUGUGCCUAUUUAGGUAGUUUCGCUUGAUUACCUAAUAAUAGAUUGAGAGCCUUCAUAGAUGAGAGAUCUAAAAGAAACCAUUCAUUUAUCGACUUGAUUAUAAUGUCAAAUUAGAAAGUACUUCUUAUUUCCUCUCAAAUAUCAACCUUAUGAUGUUAAAUAUUAAGGUUCGAUGUUAAAUGGAAGAAGUUGAAUUCAAACUACUUGAAUUAGUUCUUGAUCUAUUAUUGAGUAUUUCUGAUUUAUAAUAAAACUUCUAAUGCAUCUAUUAGUGUAAUUUUGCAAAUGUAGGAUAAAUUACAUUGUAAUUGGUUUAAUUCAAUCAAUAAGUUUUUAUUGUAAACGUAACUUUUCAGUCGGCUACAUAGCAUUCUGUAUUUUAUUCUCUUCAAUAUAAUAGUUAGAUUUGUUUGUUACAUCUUUGUGUAAAUCUAUCGAUUGAAUAUGAUAUUUUUUCAUUGUUACAAUAAAAAAAAAAAUCUACUUUUAUUCUGUUAAAAGUUAUUCGUGAAGUUAGCUCGUGUACUUUAAUUAUUACAGUGUCGAUUAAAUCGUAUUUAUUUUUACUUAAAUUUUGUAAAAAUCUAAAGGAAUGUUUAAGUUUUUUUAUGUAAAUGUUAGCAAUAACCGAUUACCGACGUCAGUAUUUGAUGGUAUUGUAUAGAAUGCACGUUUCGAAUAGCGCACUUUUUCCUUUUAAUGUAAAAUGUAUUUUUAAUACUUAUGUUGAUAUUUUAUUGCUAAUUUUAAAUUCGUUACCGACACCUUGGUUCACAGUUUUAUUGACAAUUAUUUUUUUAAUAUGUUUUUUUUUGUUUGUGUAUAUUUUUUUUUUGUACAGGCCAAAGAGCUUACAAUGUAAAUAUUGUAUAUUGCGGCUACGAGUUCAUAGCUGUACCCUAAUAAGUCUUUCGUUACUGUAAUUUUAAGAGAUUUGUUGAUGUUCUUUAUCUUGUGCAAAAUAAAGUGUAACAUGAGACACA